AGCAUGGAGAGAGGAAUAGAGAGGCAGAGAGAGAGGGAGAGAGAGGAAUAGAGAGAGGAAGAGAGAGAGACAGAGAGAGGGAGAGAGAGGAAUAGAGAGAGGAAGAGAGAGAGGCAGAGAGAGGGAGAGAGAGGAAUAGAGAGAGGAAGAGAGAGAGGCAGAGAGAGGGAGAGAGAGGAAUAGAGAGAGAGGGAGAGAGAGGAAUAGAGAGAGGCAGAGAGAGGAAUAGAGAGAGGAAGAGAGAGAGGCAGAGAGAGAGGGAGAGAGAGAGGCAGAGAGAGGAAUAGAGAGGCAGAGAGAGAGGGAGAGAGAGGAAUAGAGAGAGGCAGAGAGAGAGGGAGAGAGAGGAAUAGAGAGAGGCAGAGAGAGAGACAGAGAGAGAGAGAGAGGAAUAGAGAGAGGAAGAGAGAGAGGCAGAGAGAGGGAGAGAGAGGAAUAGAGAGAGAGGGAGAGAGAGGAAUAGAGAGGAAUAGAGAGAGGCAGAGAGAGGAAUAGAGAGAGGAAGAGAGAGAGGCAGAGAGAGAGGGAGAGAGAGAGGCAGAGAGAGGAAUAGAGAGGCAGAGAGAGAGGGAGAGAGAGAGGCAGAGAGAGGAAUAGAGAGAGAGGCAGAGAGAGAGGCAGAGAGAGGAAUAGAGAGAGGCAGAGAGAGCAGCAGGAACGCGGACCUGAAGUCAGGAUUUGACGUCCUUAACGUAUCAAAGCGGACUCUCAGACUAUGGACAAUUUAAUCCCCCACCAUGGUGGCUCUGUGUUUGCGGGGCUGGUGGGAGCAUCACAGGUGCUCGGCCUUGUGUCUGUGGUUCUGACCGGGGUGUGGAUGGGUCACUACCAAGGCGGUUUUGCCUGGGAUGGUUCAGCUCAUGAGUUCAACCUGCACCCUCUUUGCAUGGUGCUAGGCCUGAUUUUCCUGCAUGGCGAUGCUAUUUUAGUUUACAGAGUUUUUUGUAAAGAAGCAAAAAAACAUGUGAAGCUGCUUCAUGGGAUUAUUCACCUGCUCGCCCUCAUCAUCAGCAUCAUAGGGUUUGUAGCUGUGUUUGACUUUCACAGAGCAGCCAAGAUCCCAGACAUGUACUCUCUUCACAGCUGGUGUGGCAUGGCCACCCUAAUCUUCUUCUGCUUACAGUGGGUGUUAGGUUUGCUGUUUUUCCUUUUUCCUGUUGCAUCGUCAUGGUUGCGAGCCACAUACCUGCCUAUCCAUGUCUUCUGUGGACUCACUCUGUUGGUAAUGGCUAUAGGGACGAGCCUGCUUGGCAUCACAGAGAAACUCAUGUUCAGCAUUAGAGAUACAUACUCUCUGUUUGCUCCAGAAGGGGUGCUGGCCAACAUGUUGGGGGUCCUGCUGCUGCUUUAUGGGGUGCUGUUAGUUUACCUGAUCACCAGGGAGGAGUACAGACGUCCCCCAAACCCUGAGGAAGAGUCUCUGUCUGUCCACUUCAAGAACCUGACAGAGGGUGGGGUGCCAACAACACCCUGAAGCUCCAACUGACACUGAUGCAUCUGGACCUUCCCCAUAAAAAACAAUGUUUGUGUAAGCUGUGAUUUUCACAAAGUAUAAAAUAAUGAACAGAGAGCAGUUAUGAUUUUCUCUACCCUGAAAACAAAACUCAUUUUAUUUUCACUUUCCUCCCAGCUAGUUUGCUGGGAGGAAAGUGAAAAAUUGUGUAUUUGUGCUACAGAAUAUGAAUCUAUUGAUGCAUCACACAGAAUGACUGAAAUACGCACGUAUCAUAAACUACAUUUGUGAAAAUAGCAACAGUUAUUGGUGCUAAAAAAAGGAGUAUUAAAGAUUAAUUUCAAAAAAGCAAUUAUUUCCCUUUAUUCAUAGAAGUCAGCUACUUCAAAGUUUUAGGAGCGAUUGCCAAAUCAGUAUUUUAUUCAAGACAGUUUAAUUUUAAAUAUUUUCUUUAUUCAACUCAGGAAGUAUCACAGAAUUCUGUCUUUAUCAAAGCAGUUACAUUAUAAACAGAUUAAAAUAAAUUGCUCUGUAAUGACAACAGCAGCAGAAAACACAAUAAUAAUAUUAAGAAAAAGAAAAUCAAUCAGUUAAGCUGGAAAUAAAAUUCCUACUCCAUGUGCCUGGUCAAUGGGGAGCUUUCUAAGAGGAUAUGUGGUGGUAACACUACAGAGGUUUUGGAGUGCAUAAAACAUUAAAUGAAUUCUACACACCUUUGAAACAUUUUCAUAUGCAGAAGGAGGGGUUCAGCCAAUCACAGAACUUCCUAGCUGCAUGCUUUCAGUGUUGUGCCCAGAUUGGGCAGACACUCAUUUGCCACAAAAUUAGCCUCUAAUGAAAACCUAGAACAUAUAUUUUCCUAAGCACAAAUCCAUGAUCUCUAGUUUGAAGUAAUAUAUAAGUAUGAGACAUUCCUUCAAGUAUGUUACUUAGUAUAAGUAAGAUAAUUACUCCAAAACUAAGUAUCUUACUUUUACUUAGUAUCUUACAAACAUUAGUUUGACAUAACUAGUUUGACUCACUGGCCUUUGUUCCAACAAUUUCAGCUGAUCUCACGGAGUCGACACAAUUUAUUUAUACCGACCUCAUGAUAUAAAAAAAAAUGUUGAACAGAAGGAAAAAGCUCUGUGUUUCAUGCUCUAAUAGAAGCACAAUAUGCAACAUGAUCUUACAAAACCUAACUUCAAGAUCUGUGUAUUUUAAAGAUGACAUCAUUGAACAUGUUUCUUACUUUGUAGGAAUGGUAUUAAGUUUUAAAACCUUAUCUUUUUAACUUUGUAAUCUCAGUAGCCACCAUAUGUGUAUGUUAACACCUUCAAACUUAGGGUUGUCUUUUCAGAACUAUAUGCCAUUGAAUGUGAUAUAUGUCACAGAAAUUCAAACCCAAUUAACAGCAUUGAAGGAAACCUGAAACAUCUUGCUUCAUAUGACUUUUAGAGUCAGAUUUAACUGAAACAGUCAUUCCUCUCUUAAAGGUCUAAACUUGAAUGUUGUUCAAAAAGUUCCCUGUCAUUUUGUUUUGGCUCUGUGAUCACUGCUUUGUAAAUGUUAUGUGUUUUCUGAUGAAACACAAUUAGUAGGUAAAGCUCCUUUGUGUUUACAAUAACCAUUAACGCUCUCUGCCUAACAGAGUCUUGCCAAAUUUCCACUGCUGAAUGUUGUUAAUCUUGAUGUUCCACUUAAUAUUGUAACUGUUCAAAAAGAAGUCCUAAUCUCACUAUGUAAAAUAAAAUGCGUGUGAAAUGA